UUAACACAAACACACCUGUUGCGUUCAAAGAACUUGGCUUCUCUUCUUCUGAGUGAAUCGGACAGAGGCAGCAUGGAGCUGACUGACGCUUACACCAAACUCCAGCCUUACAUGCACUACCUGUUGGCUGUCCUGUGCCUUGUUGUCGUGGUGUAUAAACUAACAGCGUUCUUUGUAAAACAAAAGGCGGUUAUCCGGAGCAUCGAGGCCUUUCCUGGACCCCCGGCACACUUUCUGUUUGGACAUGUUUUUGAGUUUAAACAGGAUGGGACCGACCUGUUCAAAGCGGUGGAAUGGGGAAAGCAAUAUCCGUACGCCUUCCCCAUUUGGUUUGGUCCUUCUCUUUGUUUUCUCAACAUCAACCACCCAGAUUACGCAAAAACCAUCCUGACAUCCACAGAACCAAAAGACGAUUUUGUAUACAGGUUUCUUCAGACUUGGAUUGGAGAUGGAUUAUUGGUGUCAAAAGGUCAGAAGUGGUUUCGCCACCGGAGGCUGUUGACUCCGGGUUUUCAUUACGAUGUUUUAAAACCGUACGUGCAGCUGAUGUCCCAGUCUGCUAAAACUAUGUUGGACAAGUGGGAAAGUUAUGCACACACUGAUAAGACCUUUGAAUUGUUCGAGCAUGUGAGUCUCAUGACACUUGACACAAUCCUGCAGUGUGCGUUUAGCUGCAAAACCAACUGUCAGACAGAGGGGGGGAAUAAUGCAUACAUCAAAGCUGUGUAUGAGCUCAGCGACCUCGCCAACUUCCGGUUCAGGACUUUUCCAUACCACAGUGACCUCAUUUUCUACCUCAGCCCACACGGUUAUAGGUACAGGAAUGCUUGCAAGGUGGCGCAUGCUCAUACAGAGAAUGUCAUAAAAAAAAGGAAAGAAGCACUAACAGAGGAGACUGAGCUCGGACGCACUCAAGCCAAGAGAUACCAGGAUUUCCUGGACAUCCUUCUCUUUGCAAGAGAUGAAAACCAGCAGGGUCUCUCAGAUGAAGACCUUCGAGCAGAAGUGGACACCUUCAUGUUUGAGGGACAUGACACCACAGCCAGCGGCAUCUCUUUUCUCCUCUACUGCCUGGCCUGCCACCCAGAGCACCAGAACAUUUGCAGGGAGGAAAUCCUCCAAGUCUUGGGUGGCAGAGACACCAUGGAGUGGGAGGAUCUCAGUAAAAUUCCGUACACCACAAUGUGCAUCAAAGAAGCCCUUCGUCUUUACCCUCCUGUUCCAGGAGUUGCCCGGAAGACCACCAAACAGUACACAUUUUUCGAUGGGAGAACUCUGCCGGCAGGUUUUCACGUUGCAGUAAGUGUUUUUGGAAUUCACAGGAAUCCUGUUGUCUGGGAAAAUCCUAAUGUCUUCGACCCGCUCCGUUUCCUCCCUGAAAAUGUGUCUAAGAGGUCACCGCAUGCCUUUGUACCUUUCUCAGCUGGACCAAGAAACUGCAUUGGCCAGACUUUUGCAAUGAAUGAGAUGAAGGUGGUGACAGCCCUCACGCUGAAGCGAUACCAGCUGAUAGAAGACCUGCAUUUUCAACCCAAAAUGGUUGCCAGAUUGAUUCUUCGCUCACUCAACGGAGUCCACAUCAAAAUCAGACCUGUAGAUCCACAGGUGUGGGAGAAGAGCUAAGGCAACUGCAGACAAUGCAUCUUGGAGAAAGGUUUUGUUGAUGUGGAUUUUUUUUUUACUCUAAAAACUCAGGUUUUAAAUUUUCUCCACGUUUUUUAUAUGUGUAAGAAGAAUGUUUAAAAGGAACAGUGACCGUUUUUAUUAGUUUGACUUUGCAUGAAAAAGGCUGUUACUUCAGUUUGCAAUCAUUAUGAAACCUAAUUAUUUGUACUGUAAAUGGAUCUUAUAUGUAAAACCUGAUAACUUGGGACAAUGAGCAAAUUGUGACUUUGAUAUUAAACAUUUAAAGCAUUUAAAGCAUAUUAUGAAUAAAGACAAGAUGUCAAAUGUAGAAAAUUGUUAUUUAU